AUGAGAGGUCGUCACCAUGAGGAGGAUGGAGGAAACUUGAACCAAGAAGUUUUAAACGAGCUAAGAGACAUGAGGGCUUUAAUAAAUAACUCACGAAGAGGUGGAAGAGUGCAGUUAGCAGAAGCGAUAGAGGAAGCAGAUAAGUCGCCAUUCACCUAUGAGAUCAUGCAUGCGGAAAUACCGGAGAAAUGCGUGUUACCAACGCUUGCAAGCAUAUUCAGUGGAUUGGAAAGUGCAGUGCAACACUUGAAGCAAUAUACCCUUUCGUUGAUGCAGUGGGGACGAAAUGACGCGGUACUUUGUCGAUAUUUCCCUGCGAGCUUAGCAGGGGAAGAAUUAUCCUGGUUUUAUGGGCUCCCAGAGAAGUCGAUAUCAUCAUUCAAAGAUUUGCAGAGGAUAUUCUUGAUGACUUAUAUAAGCAACAACUUGUUGAGGCCAGGGAUAGAGACAUUGUUCAACCUGAGGAGAAGGCCAAUGGAAAGCUUGCGGGGUUUGGUCACGAGAUGGAGAACAGUGUGCAGCGAGUUAGCCGGGAGAGUUGAUGAACGAAACUUCAUCUUACCCUUCGUGAAUGCUCUGAUCCCAACAGACCUUCUGUACACACAGAUAUUCAUUAUUCGAAACUCGAUAACAAUGAACGAGUUGAGGGAAUACCAGGAGGAAUACAUAGCGUUGGAGGAAAAGCAGAGGCAGAGUGGAGAUCAGGAAUGGAUUGAUCAACAAAGGUAUGAGGAUUCGAAACGAAGAAAUCAUGAGCCACGAAGCUACAAUGCGGGAUACCAACCUAGGAAUAAUCAGGGACCCAGAUACGGGGAAAGAAGUUCCAAUGCACCGAUCUUUGAAGAUGUGAAACUCCCACGACUUAACACAACUGUGGAAAAAGUGUGGGAGGCAAUAGUGUUGACGGAGGAAAUCCCGCCCCCACCAAAUUUCGGGAGAGAGCCCCCAUCGGGGUCACGAAGUCAUGAAUUCUGUAAGUAUCAUCGCUUCCAUGGACACCACACAAUAGAUUGCAGGAACGUUCGGCGAAUUAUUCUUCGCUUGAUAGACCAAGGGAAACUCGCGCAUUUCCUAGAGAGCUAUGUGACACCCCCGCUACCUCGUGAGAAUCAGCCAAUAUACCGGAUCGAGAUAGACUGA